CCAAGCACUUCCGGGUCAUCUCCAUAGGAAAGGGAAGUCUUUUUCGACCGCUCGUAUAUUGUAUUCUAUUGUAGGUUUUUAUCCACAACAAUAUCAAUUUGUUAAUAAACAUGUCACCGUGCGGCCCAACUUUGGAAGAACAGCUUUCGUCCAUAAUGGAUUUACUUGCGAAAGGUGCUGUAUCUGAGAUUAGCCAACUGUUCUUGGAAGGCUCGGCUACGAUUCGCUUGCAAUUAACUCGGAGCAUGAAAGAAAACCAAGCGCUGAGGAGGAGGAUGAAGGUGAUGAGGAGUAAGAUAUUUUCUUUGCGGCUUCAAACGAGAUCAAAUGCAUCGUGUGCAGCCAGACAUUUUGCCCUGGCUCGAGCCAUCGUCUGCAAACCACAGACUACUAAACCACUGGGAAAUGAAGACUGCGAUGAGUUUGGAGACUGCAGCACACAACACGGCGCCACCUUGGAUAGUCUGCAUGUGGAAGCCCCUGGCUCCUCCCACAUGUCCAGUAACAGCGAGGAGCUGCGGAUCCUGAGUGUCCACGGAAAAGGGGAGUACCCACUGGCGGUGGACGGCCAUGACAACCUCUUCACCGUGUUCAAACUGGAGACUCUGAGCUCGCUGUCUGCGGAACACAGCGUGGCAAAGAGACUGGAGGGUGGCGAGCAGCUGGUCCACCGUGAGGAGCUGACUGGGCAUCGGGGCGGCGGCAAGGACCGGCCCGCUGUGUUGUCUGGCGAGUGUUUUCCCGACAAAACCAAUAUGGUCAUCCACAGGCGUACCCACACCGGCGAGAAGCCGUACGGGUGCGACCAGUGCACGGAGCGCUUCAAACUGAAAGACAGCCUGAAGAGCCACAUGAGGAGGACUCACUCCGGGGAGAAGCCCUACAGGUGUGAUCAAUGCGUGAAGUGCUACUAUAGGAGCUCUCACCUGAAGAGGCACAUGAAGACUCACUCCGGGGAGAAGCCCUACAGGUGUGACCAAUGCGUGAAGCGCUUCAGUCGUAGUUGCAUCCUGAAGGAACACUUGAGGACUCACUCCGGGGAGAAGCCCUACAGGUGUAACCAAUGCGUGAAGCGCUUCAUUUCGAGCUCUCACCUGAAUGUCCACAUGAGGACUCACUCCGGGGAGAAGCCCUACAGGUGUAACCAAUGCGUGAAGCGCUUCAGUCAGAGCUCCGCCCUGAAGAGACACAUGAGGACUCACUACGGGUAGAAGCCCUACAGGUGUAACCAAUGCGUGAAGCGCUUCAUUUCGAGCUCUCACCUGAAGAGCCACAUGAGGACUCACUCCGGGGAGAAGCCCAACAGGUGUAACCAAUGCGUGAAGCGCUUCAGUCGGAGCUCCGCCCUGAAUAGACACAUGAGGACUCACUCCGGGGAGAAGCCCUGAAGGUGCAACACCAGCCUCAGUGACCCUAGCAAUUUGCGUUGGCACAUGCUUAAGCACAGAGGCAAUGGGGUGCUUUGACACGGGCAAUGGGACCUUUUAAUUCACACCUCUAUCCUGUUUUUGUCUGCUGUAGUUAUUUUUUAUUCAUGAUUAUAGACGCUUUCCAACUUUUCGUUCGUUUCGUUUACUCUUUUAUUGUUGUAAAUAAUUGAUUUCUGUGUGAAGGUGAGGGGUAUUGACCAACGUGGAGAUUUUAGGAUUGGCCAGAGGAGCGAACAAGUUGAAUUGCAAUACACUGUGGGUGAAGUGGACUUGGCUGCAAGACAAUUAAAGGAAUCUACAAAAAAAAAGUCA